AUGGAAGCCUUUCUUGCUGGCAUGAAUGUCGCGCAGCCCAAGGCCGUCACGUGCCCAUAUGACUCUGAUGAUGUGGAUGGCCAAGCUGAGGGAGUCGUGGCUGGUCCGGAGGUCAGGCCCCCCGAGGUUGGAGGCAAGGACAUUUUUGUUGACGCUGCAGAAGAGGACGAGGAAGCAACCCUAGGCGUUGCUGGCCAUGACGACAUGGAAACCAUCGAUAUUGACAGCGUGGUCGACUUGAACAAUGAUGCCCAACAGGCCGUUACACUACGUUCGCACAUAAGGACGUCGGCGACACGGCAGACUUACGUCCAGGUUCCAUACGAGGAUUAUCUGCGAAUGACCAAGGCCGAGCAAGCUUUGAAGACCAUGGUCGGCAUUGCCAAAGAGUUUUCUGGCACCCAGAGAGGCAUCUCAGGAAGCAGCACGCGGGAUUCCGCCGCACUGCAUGCCGAAGAAUCUGAGCUCGAAUCCUUUGGUGAGGACGGGGAGGGGUCUGAUGAGCCUGACACGAGCAAGGUCGCUCUCAGGAGCAGUAAAACACCCCAGGAGGGUGGUCAAAAGCGUCGUCCAUGGACCCUUACCGAGCGGCGAAGGCUGCAGAGGAUGAAAGACAAGGGCUGGGACGAUGAGCGGAUAGGGCUUGCGCUUGACAGAAGCAGUAGCGCGGUAUCUCAACAGUGGCGGAAACAGAAAUGA